UCCUCGUUCCCUUCCCCACGAUUCUCCCCGCGCGCCACGCAAAAGCGUCGUCGGAAAAAGCUCGCAGUCGCAGCCAUGGAGGUGAGAAUCCCCCAAAUGAAAGAGCUACAAGGACCCAUCGCCGCGCCGCCUGCCGACACGCCCUCGCCGCCGCCGGCGCCCCUCGACGACGCUCCAGUCCCGCUUUCCUCCGGCGAGGAGUCGUCCGACGACGAGGAUUUCGAGUUCGAGUUCCCGUUCGUCAGCAGGGAGUCCCCCGCGGGCACCGCCGCCCCGGCCGACGAGCUGUUCGCGGACGGCCGGAUCAGGCCGUUCUACCCGGUGUUCGGGGGCGUUGUCAGCGGCGGCGUCGGCGGAUGCGUCCAUGCAUCAGCUGGAGGCCACGACGGCACGGCGCGGUCCGUUCCAGUUCCGGCAGUGGCGCCGCGGGUGAGGGGCCAGCUAGGGCGGCUCUUCCUAGAGGAGACCCGCGCGCGGAACUCGUCCACCAGCUCCACGGCGUCGACGGCGUCGUCGUCGUCGUCCGCGGCGACGGACGACGACAGGGCGGACGGCCUGGAGGGCGCGGCUCCGGAGAGCUACUGCGUGUGGAGGCCGGGCUCGGCGUCUUCCGCGUCGCCGGCGUCGUCCCCGCGGCCGCCCAGGAAGAGCGGCUCCACGGGGUCCAUGGCGCGGUGGCGCCGCAUCAGCGACCUCGUCGUCGGCCGCAGCCACAGCGACGGCAAGGAGAAGUUCCUAUUCUUCGCCGCGCCGCCGCACGAGCAGGCGCCCAAGGACAAGGACAAGCCCAAGCCCAAGCCUUCCCCGGCGCCGGCGGGCGGCAGGAAGCCCACCCCCGUCACCACGGAGGUCGACACGGUGACCGCCGCCCACCGGAUAGCGUACCUCUCCAAGGGUGGCGGAACCGCCGGCGGCACGCCCCGGCGCACGUUCCUGCCCUACCGGGAGGAGCUCGUGGGCUUCUUCGCCAACGUGAACGGCGUCAGCCGGAGCCACCAGCACCCCUUCUGACUUCCCAUGCGCGGACAAAUUAUUCAGUUACGCUGAUCUGAUUUGAAAAUUGAAUAUUAUUAUUGAGUUUUGGGGUUUGGAACCAACCA